AUUUUAUUUUUAUUUAUCUUUUGGAUACGGUUGAGUGCGGAUGUCUGUGUAUUCUGUCAGCUGGUAUAGAAGAAGAAACUUUAAAUAAUAACGAAAGCGCGUCUUAUGUGUGACAUCGAUGCAUCGUCAAAUGUAAUACGUAAAAAAUAGAUUAAUUACAACCGAUAAAAAUAUAUUUUUUUAAAAGCAAAACCUCAUUAUAAAGUGUUUAUUUUAUACAAAUAGAAAUCGUGAAUAUAUAUUUUUGAACAAUAAUAUAAAUAGAUAAUGCCUACAGAAAGAAGUUUAUAAGAAAUGUGUUCUUUGAUCUGAAGAUAAGCAAAAGUUUUCUUGUAAAUUUAUACCAAAAAUUAAAAAAAAUAUAAGAAGUUUAAAAAAUAUGGCUGCUGAAGGGAUACGUCAAUGCUUAUUGCUUUGGAGUGUUGACUAUUGGAAUUUAGAAGUCAUGGCUGAUGGGGUUUUCAAAUCACGAGACAUUGGCUUGCGUGCCCAAAAAAAGAUUCUUUCCCGUAUGGCUACAAAAAAUAUUGCGAAGACAUUUAUUGAUGGUACAACAGCAUCACUAUUGGACAAUUUAUAUCGCCUUUGCAAACUUCAUAGUGGAAACAAGGUUAAAGCGGAGAAAAUUAUUAAAAACAUAAUUAAAAUUGUUAUAAAAAUCGGAGUAUUACAUCGUAACAAUCAAUUUAAUGCCGAAGAACUGACCCAAGCUGAAACAUUUAAGCGAAAAUUUCAGAAUACUCAAUUGUCAGUUAUAUCUUUCUAUGAAGUUGAUUACAGUUUUGACCUGCCAUAUUUACAAAAAUCAAUAGCUGAAUCACAAACAGCUUUAAAGUCCAUUGUACAGAGACAUUUAACUGAAAAGUCUUUAAAUCGCAUCGAUGAAGUAUUUGAUUUUUUCAGCGAUCCAACACUUUUGGAAACAGCAUUUAAACCAAAUUCACCAUAUCGAGAAGUGAUGGGCAAAAUUGUAGCCGAUAUUAAUACUGCCAUGGAUACAGGGGAUAUUUGAAUAAUGACGAAUCAAAAUACCAAAGAAUUAUCUAAAUCAAAUUACAUAUUUAUUUAUACAACAAUUUACUCUACAAAUGAACAUAUCACCAAAACUGAUGUGUAGAGUUAUGGUUUAAAUUUAAUUUAAACUAGAAUACCAAAAACUACUUAAAAAUUAUGACUACACUUUUAUAUGAGUAGCUUGUUAAACAAUAAAUAUAAAUAUUUAUGUAGUUAAUUAUUUUUACUAAAUCACUAACACAACAAUAAAUAUAUAUACAUAUAUUUAUUUUUACACACCAAUAGAAAAUAAACAUGACUUUUAUACAUAUGAAUGUAUGUAUGUACCUACAUUAGACCGACACACAAAAAAUGGUGUUUGAGUUACCCACCUCAAAAUAUUCGCUGUUAUGUAAUAUGAUGUUACCCAAAAUAUUUUCGGUUAAAUGUUGUCCAUUCGUGAGCUGGGCAGUUUUCAAGAAAAUAUCGUAUGGGGGACACGAUUUUCCAUGUUAAUUUCAAUA